AUGGAAGUAAGCGAUGAAAGCGAGAUACGUAAGGAGAAACAAUACGAUUUGGGAUCUGAUGAAACUCUACGGGAAUCAGAAAUCAAGCAUCCGACUUAUUUAUCAAUACUUGAAUUAAGUGAGGUGCACGAUUCACAGAUGCUAGUUCCAAAAAAACGACGCCGCAAACAUGGCACUAUAAUUGAUGAAAUAACUGUAUUUAGCAAGGUGCAGCUCCAGGCGCAGAUCGAUAGCAGUAAUGACUUGCUGCAUAAACGCGAUGAAAUGAUUCCUCAAGUAUCAAAACACAGGCUGGUAACAGUUCAAGAUUUAUUUGACGCUCAUCCAAUGACGUUACGUGAAUUUUCAAAAAAUCCUCUAUCGAAUUUGGAUGCUUGGAUAGCAGCACCGGAAUAUGAUGAACCGCCACUUCAAUAUGAAGAAGCAAUGCAAUUAGAACCAAUGCAGGCACCACCAAUCCGAAUAUUGCAUCACUCUUUAGUAGGAAGAGAGACAUCAAUCGAACCUACAUCUCAUGAAUCCGUAACAACCAAGCUGCAAGAUCUAGAACGGCAGAUUAUUACACCCAUGGAGGAUAUUGAGCGAGGACGAAGAAACACCACCACUUCUACUGCACCAUUUGGUAGCACACAUAUCACUGACCCCUCAUCACAACUUAGAUCAGAUGGAGCAUACCCAAUUGCUUUUGGCGAAAGUCGACAAUUUGACGAGAAAGUGAAGAUAUCUGUAGCUACCAUUUUUGAAAGAAUUACUAAGGAGGAUGCACUACAAGGGCACAUGGAUGACAGCCUCACUUUGUCGGCAGAAAAAGCUCGAGUCACGGACUUGUUUUCAAACUUGGCAGCUGAAUCUGAAUUAUGUGGGACGAGAUUGGAAAGUAGCACUGAAAAUAUUCUUGUUGAUGAGAGAUAUUGUGUGCAUGAAAUGAGGCAAGAAGGUUCUCAGAGUGAGGUAAACGUCCAGAAGAUCUCGGUAAUGCAAGACCGGUUUCAAUUAAAAGUUGAUAAAGUAGAAAGUACGGUAAAAAGAGGUGGUAGUUCCGUUUCAAUAUACUAUCAAACACAGAGAGCUCAUGAUCUUUUUGGAUUGAUAACUGAAUUUCUCAAUUUUUACAAGGUCUCAACAUUAUAUUUUUCUGAAUUAAUCCGUGGUCGCUCUGCCAUGUUUGCAGCUAAAGCUUUUACGAAUUUGUUGGGUGCGUUUUUUUUUCAUAAGCUGUGGCUUUUUUGCUUAAUUUGUGGCGUAAUUGCUAAAUUGAAUGCUUAUGAUUCUGAAUGA